UUGAUCUUGGAUUAGGCAGCGAUGAUGUCAUCAGAGAAAAGUCGAUAUAUAGACCCUAAAACUGACAUCAACUUUGUAGAAUUCCUUGCAGCCGUAUGAUACGCCCAGCAGGUUUUCUGUGACGUUCAAACCCCCCCUUUUUGUGAAAAACAUAUUUCUUUGUGAGCUUUAUCGCCACACCCUGAAGAUUUACUUUUGUUCCGUCUUGUACUUGAAAUCGGAAAAAUCAUGACUGAGAGUUCAUUUGAAGUGCUGGAAAACAUCAUUCUUCUUGGCCAUAAAGGCGCCUAUUUUGUAGAAAGGUUUCUUGGUGAAGGAACUUUUGGAAAAGUGGCAAAAUGCACAAAUCUGUCAACAAACAAAGAAGUGGCCAUUAAAAUCAUCAAAAAUGGUUUUAAUGACACAGCAAAAGAUGAAAUUAAAGCCCUGACUGAGAUUUCCAAACUUGACGCUCAUAAAUACAGCUUGGUGAAGUUUGUGGAAUGGUUCCACUACAACAGCCAUGUUUGCAUCGUUUUCGAAAUGUUGGAUCAAAGCCUUUUUGACUUCAUGAAAGAUCGUAGCUCCCUUCCCCUGUUUCUGCAUGAAAUCAGAGCCAUUGCUUGGCAGCUGCUAAUUUCCCUGAAAGGCCUGAAGAGCAUCAACUUGGUCCACUGUGACAUAAAACUAGACAACAUCAUGCUGGUGAACCAAGUUUCAGAGCCUUUCAGGGUCAAACUGAUUGAUUUUGGGUUGGCAUCAAAAACUACAGACAUUCAGACGGGAACCAGACUGCAGAACAUUUGUUUCAGGGCACCUGAAGUCAUCCUGGGCCUGCCCUUAGAUGAACGACUGGAUAUGUGGACAGUUGGCUACGUCCUUGCCCUGCUUUACACAGGCUUUUACAUUCUUCCACGGGACUCUGAGUUCAACAUCAUCAGAGCCAUGGUGGAGAUGCAGGGAAUGCCGGACAACGAAUGUCUAAACCAGGGGUUGUACACAUACAAGUUCUUCACCCAGACUGAAGAGAACUCCAAAGUUGUCUGGAAGCUGGAUACACCUGAACAGCGGUCCAAGAAAUCAGGGGAACAAGUCAAAGACAAACUAGACUGCUGGUCCUUUGACGACCUCAAAGACGUCUACUAUGAUCAGACGAAGAUUAAAGAAGUGGAGCAGUUGAUUGACCUUCUUAAGCGGAUGCUGGAGGUGGAUCCAAACAAACGCAUCUCUCCAAAUGAUGCUUUAAGACACCCAUUCUUUGAUUUGGAGAAGAAAACACCUAAGAUCAGCAAACCUCAAGAGCCUGCAGCUGUAGAGGUCCACCAACAGACAGCAGCAAAAGAGGUCCCAAGUGUUCCUAAGGGACCAACAGCUAAUCCCCAGGAAACAUCCAGCAACAAGAACAAGAAAAGCUUGGUCCAACAGAAAAAAGCUGAAAAAAGAAAGGCUCCAGCUGCCUCAAGAAAGAGGACAAAUAGUGACCGACAGAGCCAGGACCCCGAAAAGAGUUGGCAAAUGGAGGCAGCAGUUAAAAAGAAAAGGAAAUCUUAG